AUUGCUAGAAAAAUUGAGGAAAACACGUCAUGUAUUGAAAAUAUCAAUUACAAUGAAAUCAACGUAUUAGAACAUAUGACGGAUGGAAGCACAUGCCAAAUUAAAAAAGCAAUGUGGAAUAAUGGAAUUCAAAAAAUAAUUGUUGUUUUAAAACUUAUGGAAGAAAAAUUGGAUGAACCUACAUAUACUGAAGUUAUUAGAGAAGCAAGUAUUUGA